CAAAAUAUGACUAUAUAUGUACUUUUUCAAAGCGAUCUCAGUCUAUUUAUGUAUAUAUAGUAAGCUUAAUAAAUGAUUCUAUUGCUCUCAACCAUAAAAAAGACUGUUCUAAUGAUAGAACUGAGAAAACUUGGUUUUAGUUCAAUAACAGUCAUUUGUAUUGGGUACAUAAUACUCUGUUUUCUGAAUAAAUCAACCGAUUCAUAUACUUAUCAUAUUAAUCCAUCCAUUGAGCUGAAUGACCAACUUAUUACAAAUAAAAAUUAUGGAAAGUUAGAAAAGAUUGAUUUAAUGAAUUACAGUGGUCCUGAAAGUUUAAUUUAUCAUGAUGGUUCAUUGUAUGCCACAGUGAUUCAAGGGAAAAUAGUAAAAAUAAAUGAUUCUGGGAUUUAUGUUCAUGCAACACUUGGUUCACCAAACUGCGUUGGUGUACAUGAAUGUGGUAGACCAUUAGGUUUAAAAUUGUUCAACAAUUCGGAGAAUUUCUUGGUCACGGAUGCCUAUUUAGGUGUAUUCUCUGUCUCAGUAAAAGAUGGUAGUGUGAAGAAAUUGUUCCCAUUAGAUGAAGAUUUCAAAGUUACAUUUUUUGAUGAUUCAGUAAUGUUACCGAACGGUAGUCUUGUUAUUACUGAAGCUAGUACAAAAAAUACUUUACGACAUCUAUGGACAACAAUUUUAGAGGGACUACCUAGUGGGAGGCUAACAAUGGCUGAUACAAAAACUGGUCAAUACAGUCACAUAAUGGAUGGUUUACGCUUUCCCAACGGAAUCGAAAUUUCUAGUGACGGAAAAUCCAUAUUACUCGUUGAAACAAUGAAACUUCAAAUUUUACGAAUUCCAUUAGACGGAGGUGAAGUGACCGUGUUCAGUGAUGGGCUACCUGGUUUUCCGGAUAAUAUCAAAGCCAGUCCACGUGGUGGAUAUUGGGUCCCUGUAUCCCCUCUUCGUGACGAGCCUCUAUCUGAACUUCUACUCAACUAUCUACCAGCUUAUCCUUGUAUUCGUCAGUUGGCUUCCAGUAUUAUCUCCAUGCUUCCAUUCACACUAAUACCGAAAGGAAAAUCAUCAAUGUUAAUUCGUUUAGAUGAAAAUGGACAGAUAAUUGAAAUUUGGAAAGAUUUUCAAAAUGAAUUACCAAAUGCUUGUGAAGUACUAGAACAUGAUGAUACUUUAUACACUGGAAGCUUUUAUCUACCUUACAUUGGUCGUUUAAGAAGAUUGUCAAAUUAAUUUCUAUAAAAUUUGAAAAUCUUUAGUUCCAGAAGAUGAAUACUGUCUACAAAAUUCUUAAUCGAUCUACUGGAGUGGAUUCAUCAACCAGAAUCUGGAGUUAUGUCUCUGGCUCGAGUAUACCAUCUCACUUACAAAAUAAUGAUGUGGACUUGACCAAUAAUUGGGCUAAACUGGCACAGUUAAGCUUGAGAUGUGACGGAAUAAUCUAACACCUACUGGUUCACCAAGAGGAAGGCGAAUCGGAUGCCGAAAUGAAAAGGAUGAAUAGCAUCUGGAAGGAACUGGAAGGGAUUGCCCAGAACAGGGUUGAAUGGAGAGUGCUGGUGGGCGGUCUAUGCUCCUCCACGAGGGGUGACAGGCGUAGGUCAGUAUGUAAGUACUGGUCCGACAAACUCACGGCUUUCUUGUAUCCCGAUACUGAACCCAGUAAGAGAACAAAGCAGACGAGCUUCUAUAUUUCAAAGAAUCAUGGGAACUAUAUUGGAAUCAUCAGAUCACAACACGCCCGAGGAAUAAAAUCCUACUCCACAUAUAUUAUCAAGCUGUAAGUGACAGAAUGUGGCAUAAGAUGAAUAAUCAACCAACAACAAUUAAAACAUGGUGGGACAUAUAUGAACAGUCAAUGAGUCCAACGGAAGCUUAUGAUAAAGGAAAUGCACGUAUAUAAUAAUCCAUUCAUUUAAUGAUUAUGCAACAUAUAUAUAGUGUAAAAUAGUCCCAAAAGUUACCAUUUCCCUAAUAUUUAUUUUGUCACAACAAUAUUAUUCACAACCUAUUCAGUUUUCUGUUGUUUGACUUUUUCCACACAUGGUUAUGAUUUAUAUUCAGAUUUUCCUUAUUGCAAUGAACUUCAGUGUUUUUUUUUUCAACCUAUGAUACACUACUAA